AGCAUUGUUGUCAGGCUGGCACGUUCAGAUUCAUACAUCUGCAGUCAAAGUUAACAUUGAAAAUAUGCGCUCUGACAGAGAAAGACAAUCUUCAUACUAUUCACAAAGAAGACGUUCUAGAUCUAGGUCUAGGCGUCCCAGGUCCCGGUCGAGAUCUGGAUGUACCAGGGACAAGUGCCAUUCCAAUAGAUGUAGGGCUCCUAGUCCCAGGUCUAGAUCUAGAUGUGCCAGGGACAAGUGCUAUUCCAAAAGGUCUAGGACCCCUAGUCCCCAUUGGUCUAGGGAUAAUAGACCUAGUGGUAGUGGUACUAGUUCUUCGGUCAUCAAGAUAGACCGGACAUCAACACCUCCAAGAGAGGAAGUGCCUCUAGUACUUGAUCAGCUCAACGAACCAGAAUUCUCUGAGCUAUUUGGUACACAUGAGCCGCAAGCGUGGUAGGGACAAUGAUACAGAUUGGUACCCUGCUGCAAAACGGUCUGCCAUCCAUGUCAACCCAAGUCAUCCCAACUUUGGGAGGUAUUUUUACUAGUUAGUUACUGUAGUGUAG